AUGGUGCGCGCCAACAUUGGCUUGGGCAGAAGCCGAUCACCUUUAUCAGACAAUAUCCUAUCAACUUCUAUGCUCAAAAUAGCAAGUGAUGACUGCGCGAAGGACGGUGUGCCUGCCCCUCCGAAUGAUAUCUACCUCGGCUCUGGCAAAUCUGACGUCAUCAAGGCUAUGCUCACCAUGCUUGUCGCAGAUGUAGAUGGAAGUACACCCGCGGUCAUGGUCCCGAUACCCCAAUACCCCUUGUUCUCCGGGAUACUGUCUGAACUGGGUCUUUACCAAGCGAACUAUUAUUUGGAUGAGAGCAACGGAUGGGCUUUGUCGAUACAUGAACAGAAGAGAAACUGGACAGAAGCAAGUGAAAAGAGCCACGUCCGAGCGAUGGUUGUUAUCAACCCUGGCAAUCCUACGGGCCAGGUGGGUAUAUAA